AUGCCGCAGGGGGAGGGUCCUCACGCCGCACGGGGCGGAGCCCUGGUACUCGGGGCGGGAAGUGGGACGGAGACGGGCGGGGCCGCCCCGCGGGCGCCAGUGGAAGGCGGGGCUCGGCGGCUGGGGGCGGGGCCAGGGGGCGGGGCCCCGCUCGCGGAGGAGGGACUGGAACCGGCGGGAGGUGGAGCCUCGGGUUUGGAGACCCAGGGGCACGGAGCCCGGGCCCUGGGGGCGGGGCUUCAGCCGGUGAGUGGCGUGGCUAGGGUUCCGGAAAAGGGGUCUAGUUCUGGUGAGGGCGGGGCAGUAGGGCCGGGGGCGGAACUGUGCGCCCUAAGGGGCGGAGCCAAGGAGCCGAGUGAAGGGCUGGGCGCGAGUAAUGGCCCGGGGCGUCCACGCGGGGGCGGUCUCCGUGGGGGCCGUGCGUGGGGCCGCGGGCGGCCGCGAACGCCCCCAGGAGAAGCGGUGUGGGUGGAGCGGGCCCGGCGGCCGGCGGACACGGGGCCGGUCUGGGUGCCCCGCAGACCCCCGAGGGCUCAGAGCUGGGGCGGCGCCCCGGGCGGCGGCGCAGGGGCGGCCUGGGGGGUACCGCAGGAGGAGCGGGGCUCCCCGGAGCCACCCAAUGGCGACGUGUGGGUGCCUCGAGGCCGACCCCCUGCAGCGACCUCUGAGGUGUGGGUGUGCUGGGCCGGGGGCAGCUGGGUGUGGCGAGAGUGGGGCCGCCCGGCCGAGGGGACUGCUGUGCAGCCAGACAGGGUCUGGACCUUGCGUAAAGGGACUGGCGGGAACUGA